AUGGCUAAUACUUCAUUGAAUCCCCAUGCCCCCAUCCCGUUUUACUUCGCACUAAUAAUAUUCCUCGUCCAAUCACAAGCACUCACCCUCCUCCCUUCAGACCUCAACGCUGUGCUGCAAUUGCAAAGGGAAACAGGUCUCCGCCGCCCGCCGUCGAGUAUUCCCUGCGAUUCCGCCGGAAUAUUCUGCGAGCCGCGAAUCGCGAACUUCUCCAGUGUCCUCCGCGUCACGCGCCUGGUCCUCGCGUCCCAAAACCUCAAGGGCAGACUCUCGCCCGCCAUCGGCGAGUUGUCGGAGCUCAGAGAGCUUUCCCUGCAGAACAACCAGCUCAUCGACCAAAUCCCUGCUCAAAUCGCCGACUUGCACAAGCUCGAAACCCUAAACCUAGCCAGCAAUCGCCUCACCGGCGAAAUCCCGCCGGGCUUAUCCCGGCUAAUCAACCUCCGCGCCCUCGAUCUAUCCUCAAAUCGAUUGUCCGGCAACUUGAAUUUCCUGAAACAUCUCCCCAACCUGGAGACGCUCGACCUGUCCAACAACACGUUCACUGGAAAAAUCCCAAUCUCCCUCAAAUCCUUCCGAAAUCUCAGGUCCAUCAACGUGUCCGCCAACUGUUUGUUAGAAAGCCCAAUCCCAAAACGCUAUAUUCUCGUCGAAACAAAUCAACAGAAGCACCACAAGAAGAAAAUCGUCGGCUGGGGUCUCGGUUUCAUAGCCGGCACCCUAACGGGCUGCGUCUCGGGCGUGACGUUCAGCCUGCUCUUCAAGUUUAUCGUGCUGUUAAUUAUCGGCCGUAGCUACUACACCAGCCUGAAAAUCUUCAGCCCCCUCAUAAAAAAACCCGAAGAUCUAUCCUUUCUGGAGAGAGAAGACGGACUAGCUUCGCUCGAGGUCAUAGGACGAGGAGGAUGUGGGGAGGUCUACAAAGCAGUCUUGCCAGGCUCCGAUGGCAAAGAAAUCGCCAUCAAGAAAAUAACUCAGCCUGCACGAGAUGCCGAGGAGCUCACAGAGGAGGACACCAAGCUGCUAACCAAGAAAAUGAGGCAGAUCAAAUCGGAAAUUCAGACAGUGGGCCAAAUCAGGCACCGGAAUCUUCUUCCCCUGCUGGCCCAUCUGCCCAGGCCCGAUUGCCACUACCUAGUGUACGAGUACAUGAGGAACGGGAGCCUGCAGGACUAUCUGCAACAAGUGGCUUCGGGCCGGAAGAAGCUGGACUGGCCCACACGGUACAAAAUAGCGCUUGGGAUUGCUUCGGGCCUUGAGUACCUCCACACGAGCCACACGCCCCGAAUAAUCCAUCGGGACCUCAAGCCUGCAAAUGUGCUUCUGGACGAUGAGAUGGAGGCCCGAAUUGCAGAUUUCGGGCUUGCCAAGGCAGUCCCGGAUGCCCACACUCAUAUAACGACUUCAAAUGUAGCGGGGACUGUCGGUUACAUUGCUCCCGAGUAUUACCAGACGUUCAAGUUUACUGAGAAAUGUGAUAUGUACAGCUUUGGGGUGCUUCUUGGGGCUCUGGUCAUGGGGAAAUUGCCAAGCGAUAAUUUUUUUCAGCAUACGGAUGAGAUGAGUUUGGUGAAGUGGUUGAGGAAUGUGAUGGUGUCGGAUGAUCCGAAACGGGCGAUCGACCCGAGUUUGGAGGGUAAUGGGUUUGAGGAGCAGAUGCUGCUGGUGCUUAAAGUUGCGUGCUUUUGCACGUUGGAUAAUCCGAAGGAGAGGCCGAACAGCAAGGAUGUGAGGGGUAUGUUGUCUCAGAUUAAACAUUAG